AUGGGGAGCCCGGUCCUGUUUGCUGAGUCUGUCCGCUUCUCCACCCCCAAGGCCAGGUGUUUCAGAGCUCCAGCGAUCAAGAACAUGGCUGAGGAGAAGGAAGCAGACGCCUUCAAGAUCCUCAGGAUUCAUGACCGGCGAGUGGAGAGGAGAACUGUGCGGGAAAGUUACAGUGGAGCCGCUCAGCCUCCCCGACCACGCCAGCAGGACAGUUCAUCUGGGGGGGCCCCGCCGCCCCCCGCCCAGCCCAGCCCCGUGUACCAGGAGCUCAGCAGUAUGACCCAGGAACAGUGGGACCUGCAGACCCAGGACACAUCUGGGCUCCGGGCCAUGUGGUUCGCAGAGGGAGAGCCCAAGGACAAAGCCGGCCCCAGCUUCCUACCAGACACCACCUUGGGCCAGCCCUAUAUGCCGUCAUCUCUCAGCAGAGACGUCUGGUCAUUCCUCAGAAACAUUCCCCCGGUCCCGGCGGGAGUGAUGGUCAGGAGGGCCCCAGGCGAUUUCUGCAAGGUGGGCACGCUCCACCACGGGAAGAGGGUCAACGCCAUCGCCAUCAGCCGCGCCCCGCACCACGUGUACACGUGCGGCUCGGGCUACAUCAGGGUGUGGGAUGACAGCGCCCUGCACGCCACAGACAGGCCCCCCAAGGCCCAGCUGGACUUUCAGCACCGUCAGAACCGCGUCCUCACCUGCAAGCUCCUCCCCGACGAGCAGAGCCUCAUCACCGGGGGCAUGGCCCAGACCUUGACUCUCUGGGACCUGGCGCCGACACCCCAAGUGAAAGCACAGCUGGCCUCGACGGGCCCCAUUUGCUAUUCCCUGGCCGUCUCCUCCGAUGCCCACCUCUGUCUGGCUUGCUUCAAAGGAUUUGUGGAGAUCUGGGAUGUGCAGAACCAAAUCUUGAUCAGGAAACACGAAGUCCCUGUCUACGGCUCCCGCUGUGUGGACAUCACAGGCCACAAGUUCUGGACGGGUGGUGAAGACACCAUCUUGUAUUCCUGGGACCUGAGGAGUUACCAGAGGCUGCAGCAGCAUCAUUUAAGUAAUGAGAUACUCUGCAUAACCCACGACCCCGGGGAGGAAUGGGUGUUAGCUGGCCUGAAGAUGAGCGACAUUGUGAUCGUGCAUGCUCACCGAGAGGAGAAGUUUAAGGCUGUGAUACAAAGAUACACCCAUCACCACAACCUCAAGUUUGCCUCCUGUGGGACCUAUUUUGUGUCUACACAAGAUGAGUCCUUCCAUUGCAUAGAGGCCCCAACUCUGCACAGGUUGUUUCAGGCAGAGGAGUCUUCGGACAUUCUGUGUUGUGAUAUUUCCUCGGAUAACAAGUAUCUAGUCACCGGCUCCAAGAAUACUGCCACAGUUUACCAGCUCUUAUACUGA